AUGGAAACCAUUUUUCUUCAGUUCCCCAGUACAACAACAUUACUGGGCACUUUUGGGAUCCUACUGGUUUUGUAUCUGGUAUUCUCCAGCUUUGACUUUCAAAGAAAGGCGCCUCCGGGCCCCUGGCCACUGCCUCUGUUUGGCAAUUUGCUGCUGCUGGAUUCUAAAUCACCCCACACAACGCUGUAUCAGCUGUACAAGAAAUAUGGACCGGUAUUCACUUUCCAUUUUGGGCCUCAAAAAAUGGUAGUGUAUGCAGGACACAAGACAAUCAAGCAGGCUCUGGUGAACAACAAUGCAUUUUCAGAGCGAGAAGUUUCCCCUAUUGUCAUUGACAUGAAAUUAACACGAAGUAUUGGAUUUGCAAACGGAGAUUACUGGAAAGAAAUGAGGAACUUUGCGAUGGCUAACAUGAAAGAUAAAAAAGCAUUGGAAGAGAAAAUCAUUGAAGAGUGCAAAAGUCUGAUUGAGACAUUCAUGGAAAAAAAUGGUAAAGCUUUUGAUACAGCGCAGCCAAUACACAACGCUGUCUCCAACAUCAUCUCUUCUAUUGUCUAUGGAAACAGAUUUGAAUACGAUGACCCACUGUUUAUAUCUAUGGUGGAGCGAGCUCUUAAGAACACUCAACUCAUGGGAUCUGCUUCAAUUCAGUUAUAUAACUUCUUUCCAAGGCUUUUUGGUUGGCUUGGAGUGCGAAAGCAACUUCUGGAGAGUUCGUCAACUAAUAGAAGAUGCAUAAAAGAGUUGAUCCAGGGUUUACAGGAAAGCCUUAAUCCGCACAUGUGCAGAGGUUUAGUGGAUUCCUUUCUGGCCCGCAAAAUUCAGCAUGAGGCCUCUGGGAAUAUUAAUUCUCACUACCAUGAAGACAACCUUCUGGAGACUGUUCUCAACCUGUUUGCUGCUGGCACAGACACUACUUCAGCCACUGUUAGAUACGGCUUACUGCUCAUGGCCAAGUAUCCUAAAAUACAAGAUCAGGUCCAGGAGGAGAUGAACAGGGUGGUAGGAAGCCGUCAGAUCCGGGUAGAGGACAGGAAGAACCUUCCAUACACUGAUGCUGUUAUCCAUGAAAUACAGAGAAUAACAAACGUUCUCCCAACAACUGUACAUCGCACCACACGAGAUGUCACCUUCCAGGGCUACUUCAUCAAGAAGGGAACUCCAGCACUGUUUCUGCUUUCUUCUGCUCUUUUGGAUGAAGACGAAUGGGAAACACCUUACACUUUCAACCCAGCCCACUUCCUCGAUGAGGAUGGAAACUUAAAAAAGAGAGACGCUUUUCUACCAUUUUCUGCAGGUGUAAGGGUUUGUGCGGGAGAGAGUUUGGCUAAGAUGGAGCUGUUCCUUUUCUUCACCUCCCUCUUUCAACACUUUUGUUUCACUCCUCCACCUGGAGUCAAAGAGGAUGAACUGGAUCUGACACAGAUUGUGGGCUUCACCCUCACCCCUUCGUCUCACGAGUUGUGUGCUAUCAGCAGGGUCUGAAAAAGAUUGAACAAAUUUACACAUUGAGUGCUUUGAUAUGUC